GAGAUCAUAUCGCGCAAGGAGCUGGAUCAGAAGGGCGGAGCCAGGUGGCUGGCAGCGAUCUAUUUCAAGAAUAGCAUCAACAGAUACUGGCGGGCGAGACGAGAGACACAGGGCAUAUCGGACGAGGAGAAGCCUUUGUUGAGAGCAAGACUACUGGAGCUAGUAGUAGAUGAGAACAGCCAGGUGGCUGUGCAGCUGGCCGUGUUGAUUGCCAAGAUCGCCCGGAUUGACUACCCCAGGGAGUGGUCCGAGCUAUUCCCAACUCUCCUGCAGAAGCUGCAGUCUCAGGAUCCUCUGCUCACACAGCGCGCCUAUCUCGUGCUAAACCACGUGCUUAAGGAACUCUCAACUAAGCGCCUCAGCGUGGAUCAACGCACCUUUGCUCAGGUGACCAGCCAGCUGUUUGAGCCCACCUGGGCGCACUGGGUGAGGGACACAGGGUCUCUGCUGCAGGGACUAAACUCCCUUGAGAGUGGAGGGUCAGACCCAGCAGCAGCAGCAGCAGCAGCAGCAGCAGCAGCAGGGGCAGCAGGAGGGGCGCUGAUGCUGUUGUGUGAGCGGUGGCUUCUGUGUGUGAAGACUCUUCGUCGCAUGCUCGUGUUUGGUUUCCCUUCUGAUUUCAAAUCCGUUCAGGAGGUCCCGGUUUUGGAACAAGUCGUGCCUGCGUUUCUUGAAGCAGCUCAGUCCCUUCUCAACUUCCGCAAUAUCUCCCAGCAGCGCCCAGCCCUGGACCCCCUGCACACCUUCCUCUCACGCGCGUCAGUCAAGCUGCUCAAGACGCUCGUCGCCUCCCACGAGCUGCAUCCUUUCUCCUUCGCCUCCAAAAACGUCCUCCUGCCCACCCUCGCCUUCUGCUACACCCAAAUCACCACCACCGACCCCACCUCCUCCUCCUCCUCCUCCCUCUCCACCCCUGCUGCUGCUGCCACCAGCCCACAAACCCCCGCUACCACCGCCGCUGCCGCCGCUGCUGCCGCUACUGACGCAUCCGCCUCUGCUUCAUCAUCCAGCCAUAGCUUGUUUCUGAUAGAAUGUAUGCUGUUUCUGCAGAGUGUGCUGCGCUGUGUGGCAUACAAGCAGAACCCCACGGGGCACGUGGUGGGGGCGGCAGUGGCAUCAGCGGAGGAGAUGAGGGGGAAGCUGUCAGGCAUGGCCCGGCAGCAGCUGCAGGGUUUCUUCUCACAGGAGAAAGUGGUGGUGCUGGGGGGCGUGCUCGUGCAACGCUACCUGGUGUUGACAGCAUCAGAUUUGGAGGAGUGGGGGUCGGACCCAGAGGUGUUUUACCACGAGCAAGGCGCGGUGCAGUGGAAGGAUAAGCUUCGGCCCUGUGCUGAGGCGCUGCUAUUGCUGCUGUUCGAGCAGUUCAAAGAGGUCCUAUCCCCGGCGCUGAUAGACAUGCUACGGCAGUGCAUAGAGGCAUGCCCCCCGCCUGCUUCCCCCGAUGCCGACGUGCCUGUGACCCCGGCUCUGCUGCUCAAGGACGCGUGCUACGAUGCUGUGGGGGUGGCUUGUUAUGACCUGCAUGAUGUCGUGGACUUCAAGACGUGGUUCACAUCAGCACUCCUACCAGACAUGGCAUGCCGCCAUCCCAACGCGCGCAUCCUGCGCAGGAGGGCAGCGUGGAUGGUGGGGCAGUGGGUGGGCAAGGUGGAGGGCGACCUGUGUGUGCCAGCCUACCAGGCGCUCAUCUCCCUGCUGCCAGAUGAAGACCUGGUGGUCCAGCUCACGGCAGUCUCUUCCCUCCGCACGCUGAUAGACGACGUGCAUUUCUAUGAGGACCAGUUUGCUCCAUUCCUCGACACGGCAGUGCAGCUGCUCUUCCGAUGCCUGCAGCAGGUGUCGGAAUUCGAUUCGCAGCUGCAGAUAGUGAACGUGGUGUCUCUCAUCAUAGAACGCAUGGGGGAGAAAAUCGUUCCUCUGGCCGACAAGAUCCUGUCAUGCUUGCCGCAGGUGUGGGAGCAGAGCGAGGGGCAACCACUGCUGCGAAUUCAAGUCAUGCAGGCGCUGCAACGCCUCAUCGUGUCGCUCGGCCCGCAGUCCCCCAUCUCCUACCCCCUGCUCUUCCCCAUUCUGCGAUACAGCACCGACAUCUCCCAGCCCGAUGAACUCAACAUGCUGGAAGACGGGCUUCAGCUAUGGCAAGCCACACUGCGCCAUGCACCAGCCAUGGUACCGGAGCUCAUGUCUCUCUUCUCCAACCUCGUGCCCAUCAUGGACCGCAGCUUCGAGCACCUCCCGGUGGCAACAGCAAUAAUGGAGAGCUAUGUGCUGGUGGGCGGGCCAGCGUUCCUGCAGCAGCAUGCCGGCAGCCUGGUGACAAUGAUUGAUGCGGUGGUGGGGAACGUGAAGGAAAAGGCCAUGCUGCUGGUGGCGGGGCUUGUGGAUUUGAUUAUCCAGUGUUAUCCAUCAGAGGCGCCUCCUGCUCUCGAGUCUGUCCUUCAGAAACUGCUGCUGAUGAUUGUCGGCCCAACAGAAUACUCUGACCUCGUUAGAGGCACAUGCGCUACAGUGCUCGCACGGGUGGUGCUGCAGAACAGCUCCUAUUUCGCCCAGUUCAUAUCUGCCGACUCCACCCGCCACCUGCUGCAGCAGCAGUCUGCAGCAAAGGGAAACGCGCCUCCUCUCGCCCUCUUCCUAGAUGCCUGGUUGGAUAAGGUCAACUCUGUCUCGGUCCCGGCGAAACGGAAACUCUCCACUCUGGCCCUAGCAGUGCUGCUGACGAUGCCAGAGCCACAAAUAUUAGAGAGAAUGGAUCUCAUUCUCUCUGUCUGCACCGGCUCUCUGGGGGAGGACAAUCCCGACAACACACCAUUACUGCCAGACAUCUCAACCGUUGGAUAUGACUACGCUUCUGUAUCCGACUCCAUUCAGGGGGGAGAAGGAGCGCCCGUGGAGUGCGAGGCGCUGAGGCGGCGGCAAGUAGCGUCUAUAGACCCAGUGCACCGAGUAGCAGUGGGGCCGUUCCUCAAGGAGAAGCUGCAGGCGUGUGUGGCGGUGCAUGGGGAGCAGCUCUUCCAAGCCGCCAUGGCCCGCGUUCCCCCGCCCAUCGUCUCACAAUUGCAGCAGCUGUAG